GAGAUUAUUAGUGCUGGCGUUGAAUGUGCGUUGUUUCUUAAGAUCAUUGCGCAGCGUUACGGUUGGGUGUGUGAGCGAGCAAGGGUGAGAGAAAGCCCUUUUCGAUCGAUCGGUACCAAAUUUGUCUCUCUCUCACUCUCCUUUUUCCAGAACCACUGUGUCUCCCUUCUCUCUACGUUUUUCUACUUCCUGUGAUUCCAAACGUAAAAAUAAAACCCUCCCUAUAAGAGAUUGUUUGAUUUGUGUAGAAGAACAUAAAAACCUAUUGGUUAUGGUUUCAAUCCCCAAAUUUUGUAGAUUUUUCUCUACAAUAGAAACAUAUGGUGCAUUGAGAAAUUUUCAUUCCGGGGGUUGUAGCAGGACUUUGAAUAAAAAUCCAAACUUGGCACCAAAUGAGAAGCUAUUUAGGGUAGGGCUUUUCUGGGACUUGGAUAAUAAACCACCGAAUUCCAUCGCACCUUAUGUAGUUGCCACUAAGCUGAGAAUAACUGCAGCUUCGUUUGGGGUUGUUCGACAUAUGGUGGCCUAUGGCAAUAGCCACACCUUUAGCAAUGUCCCCAGAGUCGUUAGUGAGAGGAGGAAAGAGCGGCAACUGUUGUUCCGUUUGAAGAAUAAGGGCGUCAUUAAACCUAAUGAGCCUUAUCUUUGUCGCGUUUGUGGGAGAAAAUUUUACACGAAUGAAAAACUUGUUAACCAUUUCAAGCAACUGCAUGAGCGUGAGCACUUGAAAAGGGUGAACCAGAUUGAGUCAGCUAGAGGGAGUAGGAAGGUAAAAUUGGUGGGGAAGUAUUCUAUGAAAAUGGAAAAGUAUAAGAAGGCUGCAAGUGCUGUUUUGACUCCUAAAGUUGGGUAUGGUUUGGCUGAUGAGCUGAAAAGGGCAGGGUUUUGGGUUCAAACUGUCUUGGACAGCCCACAAGCUGCGGAUAUCGCGCUGAAAAAUCAUAUUGUGGAUAUGAUGGAUCAUAGGAGGGUUGAGUGUGUGGUCCUUAUAUCAGAUGAUUAUGAUUUUGUUGAUGUGAUAAAGGAAGCAAAGCUGCGAUGUCUCAAGACGGUUGUUAUCGGGGAUGCUAGUAGUGAUGGAGUGUUGAAAAGGACUGCCGAUACUGCCUUUUCUUGGGAGGAAAUUUUGAUGGGGAAAGCUAAGAAGCAGACUGUAUCGGUUGUGGAAAACUGGAAAGAUCGCGAUAUAUUAAAAAGGUUGGAGUGGACAUACAACCCAAACGUGGAUAAAAAGAAAGUCAACUUGGAUGAUACAGCUGCUGAAACAUCUGAAGAUGAUGAUAUCGAAGAUAUCUGUGGUGAUAUUGAUGAUGAUUACAAGGAUGACAGAGGUUCUUGGUGGGAGUUAGACCCCAAUGAUAAUGAUGUUGCAAGUAGAUAAUCACAGAAAACAAUCCAUCUUAUAUGUAAAUCUCCCUCAACCUUCUACUUCACACAAAUUUGUGUGUGCAGAAAUGACAUCUUUGGUCCUCAAGUUUUGUGAGGUAGCAUUUUAACUUAAGACAAUGGCUGUUGUAACUUUGAAAAUGUGAUCAAUAAUUGAUUGAUUAUCUCUUUUGCUUCCCA